AUGGUGCAGAAAAAAGCUGAUGAUCAUAUUAUUCAUGCUGCAAAAACCAAAAACCAGACACAACCCCAGGAUUUCAAGAACAUGAAGACGAAGAAGAUGAAGAAAACGGGACCCACGAAGCCGCCCGGAAAACUGUGUUCGGCCGCCGCCGCCACCCCAAACUACAUGAAGUCCACCACGAGCUCCGAUGCAAGACACGAGGUGAGUACGAAGAAAAGCCCACGUCGUGAUUUACGCAGCAUAAAAAUUCCGAAUAAUUCCAAGUUCGCCUUGCCCUUCUCUGCUAAAAAUAAUAAUAAUCACAAAGCAACAAAAACGAAAAUGGUGAGGAGUCUUGUGAAAAGUCCUAGCUUCAAACCUGCGAGAGCUUCUUCGUCGGCGAUCAAAUGUUCAAAUUUGCAAGCCCGGCGAGCGACAUGCUCGUCAACGAUGAAAGACAGUAAAUUUCCGGCCUAUCUGAGUCUGAAUGCUGGAGGCACUGAAUCAGAAGGGAUUUCGAUUAUCAAAGUCUGCCCGUACACUUAUUGUUCGCUCAACGGCCACCAUCAUCCGCCACUAAAGUGCUUCGUGGCAGCAAAAAGGCGCUUGAUCAAGGCACAGAGGAGUCUAAAAAUAGGAUGUCUAUCUCCAAGACGGGCAAAUGGCGGUGUUGUAAAAGAAGCGGGCAGUUUUGAACAGGAUAUUUUAGUUGAAAUAUUCAGCAACAAAAAUAAAGAUUCUGAAAAUAAUUCAAGGGAUGGAAUAAUGGAAGACAAGGAUGACGAAGAAACUUUUAUGGAGAAAAUUUGUGAAGUUGAUGCUAUUGACGAAGAAGGAGAUACGGUUUCGAUGGAAGCCAAAGUUGAGGAAGGAGCUUUUUCACCACUUUGUGUUGAGGAGGCAAAAGGAGUCUUGAGUGAGUUACCUGGAGAAAAUGUAAAAUCAGUGGAACAAGAUACUGAAGCCUCUGAUAUGGAGUGGGAAAAGGACCAUCACUCGCUUCUUUAUCUCGACAUUGAUUAUGAAUCUGGUUAUCCUGAGGCAGGUAAAGGUUUCGAAACUGAUGAGCUCAUGAUUGAAAAGGCCUGGUACAAAAAUGGGUGUUUUGAUGAAUUUUCUGUGGAUGAAUUGUCACAAGAGUCCUUCGAUGACAACGAGUGUUUCAAUUCAAGAGCAUUCGAUGAUGACGACAGUAGUGAAUCUACUCAUUCAUAUAACAUCAUCAUCAAGAGUUCAAACCCCAUUGAAGUCCCAACAGAAGAAGAAGAAGAAGAUGAUGAUAUGAGCAAUAAUAAUACGAUACUGAAUCAAUAUUUUCCAGUAGAAAACCAUACUCAGAAUCAAGAAAACCUGGUGGAGAAUAUCAUUAAUGAUGAAGCAAAAGAAGAAUCUGAGUCAGAGGCUCUCCUGCCGACGCCUGCUACUUCUCACUCAGAUGGUGAAAUGAUUGUAGCCAUUACCAAGCGCGAGAGGCCUAGAGAAGAUGAUAAUGCAGAUGAAUGUGAGGUGUUCAAUCCACGGGCCCCCAAUUUCCUGCCAAUGGAGCCCGACCCGGAAGCAGAGAGGGUGGAGCUGAAGCACCAAGAAGUCGAGGAGAGGAAAAAUGCAGAGGAAUGGAUGGUGGAUUACGCUCUGAGGCAGACAGUAACAAGACUGGGCCCUGACCGCAAGAGGAAAGUUGAACUGCUUGUCGAGGCCUUUGAAAAAGUGAUGCCUCUCAAGAAAUGCCAAGUCCACUCGGGGUUUGGCCAAACGAGACCCAUGCAGGCCUGCACCUGA